GUAAAGACAUGACAUCUCCUCUGACCAUAUUUAUAAACAGCACUGGCUGCAAAACGCGAGUACAGAGUCCUGAGUUAGUGUAGAGAUUGACACAGUCAGAUCCCAAACGGAAGAGGUAGACGGAAGACCCUUGGAACCCAAUGAUGGGCUUCGGUAGCGUAAGCCCAGAAGACCAGGCUCUAGAGACACAGUUAAGCAGCAAGGCUCCCACCACAGACCUUAACCUGAAGGCAUGCCAUGCUGAAGACGUCUUGCAAAAUCUGAACACUUUUCGUAAAAGCAGACUAUUCACUGAUGUUGUGCUUCGUAUUGAUGGUGAAGAGUUCCAUUGCCAUCGAGCCACCCUCUCUGCCAGCAGUAUCUACUUCAGGACAAUGUUCAGCACCAAUUUCCAGGAGAGCCAACAGAACGCUGUCGACAUCAAAGGGGUCUCAGCUGACACCAUGGAUUGUGUGAUAGACUAUAUGUACGGAGGAAUGGGAAUCAUCCGAGAGGACAACGUUCAGAGUCUGCUGGAAGCGUCUGACCUCUUCCAAGUCUCCAUGCUCCGACAAGGCUGUGAGGAGUUCUUGGAGAACCAGCUGGAUCCUUGCAACUGCCUUGGCUUCUUGAACUUUGCCAACCUCUUUACCAUCCAGGGCUUGUCUGAGAAAAGCAAACAGUUCCUGCUGAAACAUUUUGCAGAAGUGAUCCAGCAUGAAGAAUUUUUGCAACUACCCAAGGAAUUCCUGUGUGAUCAGCUGUCCAGUGACGACCUAGCUAUUCCGAAGGAAGAGACUGUCUUUGAAGCUGUGAUGCAGUGGGUUCAUCAUGACCUGCCUGGUAGAAAACAUGCAUUGAAAGAGCUUUUGGAGCACGUUCGAAUUCCCUUACUGGAUCGGAUAUAUUUUGUUGAGAAAGUCGAAAUGGACGAGCUGAUCCUGAGCUCGAAGGAGUGUUUACCUUUGCUGCAAGAGGCAAGGAGGUUCCACAUCUUUGGUAAUGAGAUAGUGUCUCCAAGGACAAGACCACGGAGGUUUGCGAAUGUUGCAGAGGUGAUCGUCAUGCUGGGAGGCUGUGACAGGAAGGGUCACGCAAUGCUGCCACAUACCGAGCAGUACAAUCCAGGGACGGGUGAAUGGUCACCACUGGCCAAGAUCCCUGACUACUCCAAGUCGGAAUAUGCCGUGUGCUCCUUCAGGAAUGAUAUCUUUCUCUCAGGUGGGAACCUGUACAGUAAUGAUGUGUGGAUGUAUAACUCUCAGCUCAACAUCUGGGUCAGAGUGGCUUCUUUAAAUAAAGGAAGAUGGAGGCACAGGAUGGUGGCACUGCAAGGCAAGCUCUACGCUGUCGGUGGUUUCAAUGGAUUCAGCAGGAUGUCCAGUGUUGAAUGUUACGAUUCCAACUUGAAUUGCUGGUCGUUCACUGCACCUCUGUUGGAACCUGUGAGCUCAGCAGCUGUUGUUGCCUGUUUGAACAGGCUGUACGUGAUAGGGGGUGCACUUACCAACCAACUGAAUUCCAACAAGGUCCAAUGUUAUGACCCAGUGAAAGAUGACUGGACGUUUACAGCCUCAAGUCCAUUUGCUCAACGUUGCAUCAAUGCAGUCACCGUAAACAAUGUGAUUUAUAUUAUGGGAGGUCUCAUGGAGAAUAUGUACAAAUAUGACCCAAUAGACAACUACUGGACAGUGAUGGACAAUACUCCAGGACCUCUGGAGAACUGCGGGCUGACAGUUUGCAAUGGGAUGAUUUACAUUCUCGGUGGCAAAGGCAACAUGGCGGAAGGCACAGACAGAGUCUUCUGCGUCGAACCCGCCUCAGGCAAACUAAUUCUCGUCUCCAGGAUGCCAAGGUGUGCCAGUUACCAUGGGUGUGUCACUAUCCACCGGCGGGUGAGAAGAUAACCAUUGGGCUGGCUCACAACAUCCAGGCCGUCAGUCUUUUUACUGUAAUAUGCCUGAUGGUUCAAGUUGUACUCAACAUCCUGGCACUUAUCAUUUAUCUUAGAACCUUCUGUUACAUGCAAAGUUGCCCUCAAGUGUUGUGUUUUUUGGUCAGAAAUGGAAAGGAUUUAAUAUAUGAGUGAAUAGCCAGUUGUAUUUGUUAAGCUACUGACCAAUCACUGACCAGUAUGGAAUGCAGCCUCUCUCCCUUACCCCAUCACUGGCUGGAAUUGACCCCCUAAGUCUUCCCCCUUCCCCAUUACUGACCAGUAAUGACCCCUAAACCUCCCCACCUGCCCCGUUACUGACUGGUACUCAGCCUGUUGGGCUGAUA